UCUUUCCCUGGCUUUGCUUCACCUGCUUUCCUCCCUCGGCUCCCUGUGGCACGCCAACUGUGCCCGUCUCUCCUGUGCCAUGCAGCUGGUCGCGCAGCCGCUCUGGCAGCAUGUCGCAUGCCCUCGAUGGCUCUUCCCCAUCAUCGGCCACAUGGGCAUCUGCACGUCGACCGGAGUCAUCCGGGACUUCGCGGGGCCGUACUUUGUCUCGGAAGACAACAUGGCAUUUGGGAAGCCAGUGAAGUACUGGAAACUGGAUCCCAGCAAAGUAUACUCCAGUGGUCCCAAUGCCUGGGACACGGCCGUACAUGAUGCCUCGGAGGAGUACAAGCACCGAAUGCACAACCUUUGCUGUGAUAACUGCCAUUCUCAUGUGGCUCUGGCCUUAAACUUGAUGAGAUACGAUAACAGCACCUCCUGGAACAUGGUGAAACUCUGCUUCUUCUCACUCCUGUAUGGGAAGUAUGUAAGCAUAGGGGGAUUUGUGAAGACCUGGCUUCCCUUUGUCCUCUUCUUGGGGCUGAUCGUGACCGUUGUUCUGACGCUCCACUUGCGGUGA